AUGACUCGAGAACAGGCUUACUUAGAUGAACUGGUGAGUGGCGCCAGCUCCUGCACUUCUAUGGAUUCCCUCACAAACUCCACCCUGACCGACUUCUCCACCGACGACGAUGACUUCCUGGACGUAGAAGAGGCCGAGACCAUGCUACGGGAGGCGAAGCAGCAAAGGCUGCAACAAAAGCUCAAGUCCAAGCCGGAUACCGACACUAAAAUGGGGUCCAGCUGGCUGGCUGCCCUCUGGGACGGGUCCAGGUUUUGGCUGUGCGGGUUAGGCGGGACCCAAUCCACCUCGCUGGCGGUGCCUGAACAUGCGCAUCCGCCUCCGAACAGCAGUGGCUGGCCGUCGAGCACGAGUUUUGCGGCCCCGAGACAAGAACAAAGUUCGGCCGAAUGGUUAGGCGAUCAGCAGAGACUCCUGAGGAUCUGGAGGGUGCGCGAAAAGCGCAAACGUCAGAUGAAGGGGGACGACUCGAGAUCGUCCGGAUCUGAUACUCCUACGCAGAAACGAGCUCUUCCACCCCACUGGAAGCCUCUGUCUCUUGCGUGUACUGCGACAUCAGCAACUAUGGUAAGUUCGACAACUUUGUAGUGACCUUUUACCUAUGACAACAUGAGUAAAAGCUAGAAAUAUACAAAAAAUAACCAUAGGUAACUAAACUUUUUAAAAUUUUAAAUCUUUUACAAAAGUAAUAAAGUUUAUAAUUAUGCCAUUUUCAGGCGGACGCCGUGACAGAAGCCCUCGAGCAGCUAACUGCUGACCAAAUCGAACGUAAGUAACAUAAAUGGUUAUCUGACCACUUCUUACAGAGUUCCGAAAGUACUUCAACAUGUUUGACAAGGAACAGAAAGGCUUUAUUAGGGCAAACCAAGUGGGCCAGAUCCUUAGGACAAUGGGUCAAGCCUUCGAAGAAAGAGAUCUGAAGCAACUGAUCAAAGAAUUCGAUUCUGAUGGUAAGUUAUCAUAAAAGGGAAUCUGGAAAAUGCAUUUAAUGUAAAAGUCGUUUUAAUCUGGAAGAGAAAAUUGAUAAAACUAAAUUAUUUCAAAGUUUUAGCUCUUUAAUUGUAGUCAAAUAUUGAUUUCAGGUUCCGGUGAGAUUGAAUUCGAAGAAUUUGCUGCUAUGGUUGCCAACUUCGUCGUGACGGCAGAAGAUAACGAAGGUUUGGAAGAAGAAUUGAGAGAAGCCUUCAGGUUGUACGAUAAGGAGGGAAACGGCUACAUUAACGUCUCGGACUUGAGAGAAAUCCUCCGCGCUUUGGAUGACAAUGUUUCUGAAGAGGAAUUGGACGAAAUGAUCGCAGAAAUUGAUACAGAUGGCUCCGGCACCGUCGACUUUGACGAGUUCAUGGAGAUGAUGUCUGGAGAGUAA